AGGAAAGAAAAUCCAAGCGCAUUUUGAGAAGAUUUCAAGCCUCAAAUUGUGAUAUACUCAGGUCGGUCGGAAGGCAGGUUUUUUGCCAGCUUCGCUCUUUUUGUGGAGCGUAGGCUUGCAGACAUCGUGGUCCUACGAAGAACUUAUGCAAGAUGGAUGGUGAUAUGAGGCAAGAUAGACUUUAUGCAAUAAGAAGCCUGUUUAACAUAGGUGUAAUGCCACAUAAUGCUUAUUUGACGACCUUCACACAUCUGAGCUGAGCAAUUUUCUUCAAAAACCGGCAAACACUCUUUCCCCAUCCUUUUAGUAUGAUUCCUACAUUUCUGUAGCUUCUUGAUAUUUAGACAGCAUAGUCUUGGCUUACUUUUUCUCAGGGUUUAAAUUAGGUACAUAAGGUACUCAUACCUAAUAUUGGACACUCCCUAAAGGUUUGCACUACAAUUUAUCGCAAUAUCAUGAGCUGGAGAGCAAUUUUAAUGUGACAUAUUUAUGAUUUUUUCCAGUGGCUUAUAAUAGGUAUGAGUACCUUAUUUUUUAGCAAUGAGAACAAAACUUAAGUAAAGCCACAGAAAAUAUAGUCAUUGGAUGUUUAUUGAAACCUGUCAGUCAUAUUUCGGUGUUCAAAAUCUCACUUGUUGUAUUAUCUGCACACCAAAAUUUGAAAAUUUAUUUGAUGUGAUCAGCCCUAAUAUUGUGGUCACUGAGUGCAAAUUGUGUUUGUUGCAAACUUUGAAUUGGACGUCUGAACCUAGACCAUGAAGUAUUUACUGUUUCUUAACCCUUUCACGCCCAAGUUUUUUUGACUGACGCACACAAAAUGACACCAGGUCUUCAGUUUUUAUAGAUUUUCUCUUUUUCCUUAGAAUUUCAUGGGCCGACAUAGUAAGAACAAAUAUUGCCCACAUAAUUAUUGAUCGGAAUAAAGUACUGGUUUUCCAAAUAUUGUAUUGCAACAAUUUUUAUAAGCAGGCAAAGACAAACUUUUUUGAAUUUAGCGCAAUUUAACCGCGUGCUCGUCAUUUGUUAGUUCCAGUUUAUGCAUGUUUUCAGAUAAACUACAUCAAAUUAACUUCAAAGAUUCAGAGUUAACUCUUUAGGGAAGCAUAUCCAAGCAUUAUACAUAGCUAUUUUUCAGGUUUAAGCAAGCUGGUUGUGAUAGUCAUGUCAGCAUCGUUUCUACACAAUACAGCAUCAACAUGGCGGCAAUAAAGCAAGGCUUGCAUGGUCAUUUCAUUUCUAAAUUUUAGCGGCUUUAUUUCAUGGAUUGAACAAAACUCAACUGUCCAUUUUUGCUCAUGAUUGUCUAAUUGAUUGACAAUUGGCCAUAAUUUGUGAAUAAAUCAAGUAUAGCACAACAACACGAGGAUUUGAGAACAUCAUCGAGCGGAACGAGUGGUGACUAUUGAACAAAUUCAAGAUGGUAUUGUGAAGAAUUUUCUGCAUUGUUGAUCAGAUGCAGCCAAAAUAGGCUUGCAAGAAAGUAUUAUUUGCUGCUAUUGGUUUUGCAAUAUCCAACUGGACGAGAAACACUUAAAUAUUUGCGAAUUGUUGGCAAUAGUCCGUGCCAUGAGUACUUACAAAAAUACCGAGAUGGUGGCUGAAUUUAUUCACCGCUAGUUCGUGCAUCGUUCGCUGUUGCUCUCAAACCACUCAGAAUCUUUCUCUUCGUUUCCUUUUUGCCAUUUAGAAGCGCCUCAAACAAGUUUGUUCGAUUGACAAGAAAUUAAAUCACUUCAGAAUGAUGAAAAUAUAAAAAAAACAAAGUUCAAAGUCAUUAUUUGGAUGAUUCUUCGGUCCGAUGAAUGGAGUAGCUUCUUGUUCCUCAAUGGCAGUACCAGUUCUGUACCAAAGUUGGUCUUUGGGUCGCAAAAUACAGACAUUUUUCUGCUAGAAAUAGCCCACGGCCAUCGUUGUUUACCGAUUGUGAAUCUGUCUCUCCCAGGCCUUAAAACUCUUUUAAAUCGCUAUCAAAAUCACCCAAAAUAUCAUGAGUCAAGUCCAUGAUCUAAAGGCAAGGUCCGUGGUCGUGGAUGGAUUUCGAACGCACAAAAAAGUUUUAACUUUGGAUAAAAAUUUCAUGACGAACGGUUCGUUGUACUGACUUGAGCUGUAAGAGAGAAACGUGCAGAAUUUCAUGCUCUAUUGAUUCCACGUGUUAGGGGUCCAUAUAAGGCAGUCCUUUUGUCUUUUUGUCCAAUGACAAAGAGGCAUACAGCAAAAUACGGAAAAUUCCGUAUCUGGGCGCGAAAGGGUUAAAAAUUCUUUUUUCCUCUAAAGUCAAAACCUACAAACAUAAAAUGGAGGGGGAUACUGUACUUUACCAUGGUCCUCAAUAUUCAAUACGAGUACCCAAAGAAUGGUGUGUUUAGGUGUUGCAUGAGUAAUAAAAACUCUCUGUUAGUUUUUCACCAUGACCAUUUCAAACCAGUAAAGCUGCUAUCAAGCAGACCCUACUCUUGAUACUCUUGAAAUCUGUGAUUUUAGAGUUUAUUUGUUUCUAAAAAUGUUUGAUGUUUUAUGCAGCUUACUCUUGUCUUGUCUAUAUCUUUUCCUCUAUUCAGCAUUUCUCUUUUCUCCUCUCUGGGUCCAGAUUAUUCAAUAUUUAGCCAUUUUCAUACUGACACUCUCAUCAUUGAUUGGAUGCUUCAGGAAUAGAGGCUACCUCCCAGACCAGAGCUUUGGUCGACCCGGCCGAGACAGCUUUGGAAGGGAGAAUGAGAUAGAGAGGGAGAUCAGUCGUGAGCUGCACAGAUUGCGUGAACUUGAUUCCUGGUCAUCAAGGCCUGAUGAUCCCUAUACUGAAAGGGGAGAGAUAUACCGUGAACGAGAACUUGAUAGGAGCUGGACCCGUGAUAUGGACCAGGACUAUGAUCUGAGAUAUAGGGACCAUGUACAAGACUGGGACCAGGAUAGGCUUCGAGCUCGGGGACCAAUCCGUGAGCCCUAUCAAGAUUUUCCAGACCAAGGCGAUUAUAGGGGUCGGGACAGAUCCAGAGGCUAUGAGAGAAGCAGAGGCCAAAAUUAUAAUCGCUACAGAGAUGAUGAUCGCAGCAGGGAUAGACAUCUGGACCGUCCAAGAGGCCGAUCAAGAGAUGAAGGUCGGCGAGAUGAAAGAAGCAGGAGCAGGGAGCGGCGUACACGCUGGGACACUGAUAGUGGUGACAGGCGACUGUCACCUGAUAGAGAUGACAGAGAGCACAGGCGACAAGGCCCCAGGGACCCUGGACCUCCCACCUCUGUCAUCAUGCUACAUGGACUACGAGACGAGAUCUCUGAAGAUGAUGUCCUUCAGGAAUUAUAUGCAGCAGAGGUGGCAUUUAGAGAUGUACGGAUUGUCAGAAAUAAAAUAGGUUAUACAAGAGGAUUUGGCUUUGUGGAGUUUGACACCCCUGAAGCAGCUAAGGAAUGGAUGGAUUAUCUCAAAGGUGGUCCACUCAAAGUCUUAGGUUACAACAUUGGUGUAGAAUACAGUCGUCCCAAAGAAGGGCAGGAAAAAGACUGGAAUUGUGUCAAGUGUGGAACACAGAACUUUUCAUCAAGAAGAAGAAGAACAUGUUUUUCUUGUGGAACACCUAAAGAUGAUUCUGGCAACAAAGAAGACAAAGAAAAGGAAAAUUCCUCUUAUUCAGCCCCACCAUGCAAAGUUGUCAUGUUUAAAGGGUUAGAUGUUUUGACAAAUGAGGAUGCAAUCCGAGCAGCUCUCUCCGCUAUCACAGUACUCCCUAUCUAUGACAUUAGAUUAAUUAAAGACAAGGUCACUGGUACAUCUCGGGGGUUCUGCUUUGUAGAGCUGGCUACAAUAGAGGAAGCUACUCAAUUACUGGAACUAAUAGCUGCUAUGAAUCCGCCGUUCAUGAUUGAUGGGAGAGUUAUCACCACUCUGUAUGCAAGGAAGAGUGAGCCCUCUCCCGUCCCUACCACCAAAUCUACUAGCAAUGUCGCAGCAGCUGCUAUUGAGCAGGCGCAGUGGUCCAGUAUUCCUGGCCAACCUGUAGCAGCAGGCGUGGCAGCAAAUGCAAUAGCGCAGGCACAGGCUGCCAACACAGCUGGGAUGACGACUGCAGCAUAUGCAGCACAACCCUACCCCAUGCGCUACGACCAGCAGCAAGCAGUGAGUUCUACACCCUCUGUCUCUGAGGGGGUAGCGUCAUCCACAAAUGCGCAAACAGCCCAGUCUACAGCCCAGCUUGCCGCAGCAACAACAACACCAUCAGUGGCUGCCGCAACGCCAGCAGUUACUGCUCCUGUUGUGUCAAGCUUUGUGUACGACCCUUCCUCUGGGUAUUACUACGACUCCACGACUGGGUUUUACUAUGAUGCAAACACUCAGUAUUAUUAUAACCCGGCCACAGCACAGUACUUCUACUGGGAUGACACCACCCAGCAGUAUAUUCCAGUUGCAGCUAAUGGGGCGGCUGCCGCUGCCCCUGAAGCGAGUGUGACUCCUGGUGCUGAUACCAACACUGUGGACUCAAGUGCAAAUGCAGCAAAAGAAAAACAGAAGAAAGCCAAGUCUCUUCAAGCCAAGAAGAUUGCCAAAGACAUGGAGAGAUGGGCCAAAAAUGUGAAUGCCACAAAGACACAGUCUGCACCGGCCGCUGAGGAGAAAAAACCUUCUCUUGAAGACACUGAAUUUAAAAAGCCGAUGGCCCCGCCUCCCAAGUUUGCCUCGUUGUCCUCCCUGUCAAUCGCCAAGAACUUAGCAUCAAUGCAGCAGCUUCCAAAGAGAGUCACAGCAAGUCCUUUAGCAGCCAUGGCCACAGAAGAGGAACCAGCCCCCUCCCCCUUGGGAACUCUGGCCCAGUAUGGUGAUGAUGAUGACUCCGACACGGAGGAAGACCCUAGCGCACAGUUUACUGACCUUAAACUGAUGGCGUGCCUUCUAUGCAAGCGGCAACUACCGAGUCGAGAAGCUCUGGACAAACACAUGCAGUUCUCUGACCUUCACAAGCAAAACUUAGAGAUUCAUAAAAAGAUGAGUAUGACAGAGGAACAGCGAGAAGAAUAUGAGAGAAAGGAGAGAGAGGCUAAAUACAGGGAUAGGGCAAAGGAACGCCGCGAGAAAUAUGGCCAGCCUGACUCAAGUAGCAACUAUGCUCCACCAAACAGGAAGCGGAAAGCAGGUUUUACUCCAACCUCGCCUUAUGAGCAGCCAACCAAGGCUAAAAUUCCAGAAAACAACAUUGGCAACCAGAUGCUGAAGGCAAUGGGCUGGUCUGAGGGGCGUGGCCUAGGCAAAGAGGGACAAGGCAUUGUAAACCCGAUCCAGGCAACAAUGCGUAGCCAGAAUGCUGGCCUAGGGUCUAGAGGCAGUUCUUAUGGUAGCGUGACAGGUGGAGAGUCAGACCGCGAACGCCAGCGCAAACUGGCGUACUCAAGAUUUCAUGAUGCCUAGCAUUUUCAAGAUGACAUGACGUGCUAAGCACUCUCUUGGAUUAAGUUCAAGGACAAUUCUGUUCUUCUGCUUAAAAAGCAAUUCAAGUGGGACAUAGUGUCCCUGAUCAUGCACUGUAUGUUGACACGUUGGAACGUCUCACCUAUCAGUUGUUCAUAGCCGCUUAUCCAGGAAACAAAGCACUGUAUAAUAAAUAAAGAAAUAAACGAGCUUUUGUUUUUA